AUGGCUCCAGCCGAAGCCUCUGCCCGGCUCGAAGCCGAACUGUCCCUCCUUGAGGCAAUGUAUCCUGGAAACAUCACCUUUGACUCUCGCAGCCGAGAUGUCCAUUACACGCCCAGCGAAGAUUUUCCAAAGAAGCAAUACCCCGAAAGGGGUUCUCCCGAAGUGAUCUCAGCGUGUGACAGGUCCAGAAACGACAUUCGCGACAGGAUGCGACGGGCCAUCGACGCGCUGGGUGUGGGGGAGAUAGGUGAAGGUGUGGAAGUCCUGGACCAAGUCAUCAACAUCUUUGAGGAAGUUAUUUCCGAGACGUCUUCGAAUUCGACACCAAACGCAGGCGCGGAAUCCAAGGGCAACCAGCAGAACGUAGUUGGGGACCGGAAAGCAGGAUCGCCACCAAAGUCGAGGACGGUGGUCAUCUGGCUCCAUCACCUCCUGGCGACGUCAAAGCGGAAGCUCGCCGUGAACCCUACUACCAUGACCCUUCCUGCUACAGCGACCGCGACAUCUCCAGGUACGUCAACACCGAUCAAUGCCAUCUCCGGCAUCACCAAACCCGGACACCCAGGCAUCAUGGUCUUUUCGGGGCCCCGCGACCUGGUGGCCUCGCACGUCCGCGAGCUCAAGGCGCUGAAUUGGCAGGCGUUCCAGGUGCGUUAUGACUCGGACGACAGCCAUGGAGGACCAGAUGAGUGGGCGUUCUCGCAUGACCAGGGGAAGAUCGUCGAAGUCGAGUCCAUGGCCGAGGUGGUCAGGGGCAUUGUGAGGGAGGAGCACAGGCAGCUGUUCUUGAAGGCCGUGGGCGUCAAGUGA